ACCCAUUUAAAGAAAGGAUCUGCAAGAUAUUCUCUACAUCCACAGAGAAAAAUGGCAGCAUUUCAUUUGAAGAUUUUCUUGAUAUGUUUUCUGCUUUUAGUUAUUCUGCUCCAAUUCACGUGAAAGCUGAAUAUGCAUUCCGAAUCUUAGAUUUUAAUGACAAUGGCACAAUAGAUCGUGCGGACUUGACCAGGUUCCUCGACUUAAUCACCGGAAAUGAUGUUAACAACAUUCUUACGGAAGUGGAAAUGACGAUGAUUAUUGACAUGAUCAUGAUUGACGUCGACCUGGAUGGUGAUGAUCGUAUUAACCUAUCGGAAUUCCAGCACAUUGCUUCAAAAGUACCUGAUUUUGCAGGCUACUUCACUAUGUCAGUCUAUUAAGACAGAACAAGUCAAUCGGUUGAAUCCAUUACCAAAACUGCACAUUCAUCAAUUGUGACUGGAUACUAAGUAAAUCAAAUUUAAAAGCAGUCAAUAGUUGCAGUCAUUUAAAAUUCCACUGAAUGCACAUAUUAGUAAGAGCUCUAUAUUAUCAAUCUGUAUGCAUGCUGCAUAGAAGACAAAGAUAGUUUUGGGGUGAUAUAUUUCUGUAUUAGGCACUUAAUUAAUUAAUCCAUAGGCUAAAGGCAAUGGCAACAUAUCAGAAAUUUGGAUAAGGAACCCAUUAAUUGUCUCCAAUUAUCAGUAUAUAGAUUGGAGAAUCAUAUGCGUAUUGGAGAUUAUAAACUGCAUAAGUCUGGUUCACUGCUGGGUAACUGCUGGAGGGUGCAUUUCGCACAGUGCAAGCCUUGGAAGCAAUGGCAACACAAAUUGAGAGUAGCUCCAUAAUUUUAACAUAAAGGUACACACCUGAACUGAACACACCAUUUCAGAACUUGCAGAACACCUUCCUUACAGUGAGUCUUCUCACCGACUUUUGUACCAUUCAGUAGGAGUCUAACCCUUCUAAUGAAGUUUAAUAUGAAUCCUCCUUGGCUCUUCACGUGUGGUGUAUUCUUAGAUUUUGCAUUGUCCUGCCAGUAAGUGAAGUUGUCAUUCUUUCCUCCAUAGAUGUAACCCUGAUUGAUUUCCUACUUAAAAUAUUCACUACAGGUGGGCAUUGAAAUAUAAAUUCCAUUGUUAUAUUGCUUCUCCUUGUGUUAAUUUAUUGCAAAAUAUUCAUUUUUGUCAGGCUACUGAUAUUUACAAUUUGUUUAUGCUUUAAAAUGACAAUAAACUGGUAUAUUUGUUCCAUUUUGGAAGUCUGUUUUCUGUGGUUAACACUGUUCUCAGUAAUGGUUGGUAUUGUGCUCCUAGCGCUAGCAGCAUAAUUGUACGAAGUGGCGUUGGAAAGGAGACAAAUAUACUCACCUUCUAACAUUGAGAGCACUGCAAAGAUUGGAAGCUUGGCAUGUAGACCAUGUAUAUUAGUCACAUUUCAAACUAUAGUAAAUGCAAAAUAUACAAUGCAAAUAGCUUUAUUACAAAAAUCAAUAUUUGAAAUGAAGCGGAUAGUUUAUUUUAGAAAUACAGCGCAAAAACAGACCCUUCGGUUCCACCGAAUCCGCACUGACCAGCGAUCCCCGCACAUUAACACUAUCCUGCACACAUUAGGGACAAUUUACAACUAUACCAAGCCAAUUAACCUACAAACCUUUACAUCUUUGGAGUGUGGGCAGAAACCGGAAAUCCCGGAGAAAACCCACACAGGUCACGGGGAGAAGGUACAAACUCUGUACAGACAGCACCCAUUGUCAGGAUCGAUCCCAGGUCUCUGGCGAUGUAAGGCAGCAACUUUCGCGCUGUGCCACCGUACCAUCUUUUAAAGUAUGAAAACCUGCAAUACCAUAAAGGACAGUUCCACAUUGAGAGUUCACUUUAUCCUUGCUACAUUAUCUGGAAUCAAGGUAAAACUCCAGGUAAAAGUUAAAAGUAAAAAAAAAAUACUUUUAUAUUAUUUAAUGUUACCUUUCAUAAUUUGAUUUUUGGGGGAAUAUAUCAUUUGAACAAGGAAUUAAAAGCAGAUUGUGCAUUCCACAAAAUGCAGGUUAUCUUACAGGGACACUCACUUCAUAGUAUGUCAAACACCAGCUCUUGCUUUGCAGAUGAUUUUGCUGAAAACAUUU